UCCGUUGUAACUGGAUCGAUGUGCAAGCUGACCGAAAAUGAGUUCGUUGCAGUCAAUUCUCCGAAAGAAAUACUUGGGCAUUAAUAAAAAUUCGAAGAAUAUUGAUCUACCUACUGAUAGUGAAUACCAACAUGUGAGUGAUUGUAACCUCAAAGAUUUGAUCGAUAUUGCAUCGACUGCGUCAAUUUUGGAGGAAAUUUGCGAGGGAGAAAAAUGUCUUACUGUUGAAUAUUAUGAUCAGCAAGAGAAAAAAUACCAUCGAUAUGUUGCGAAAAUUAAUCGUAAAGUGAAAGAGAAACCAACGCUCCCCCCCAUCGUAGAAGUAGAAGUAGUUGUGUCUACUCCAGCGCCUACUCCCGCCCUAGUCGAACAACCAGUAGUAGAAAAUGCCUCGGAUAGAACUGUUGCUACUCUUUCACCACACGAAGCUAUUGAUGCGAUCCGUGAAUCUUCGCCAACUGAAUCCAGGGGCCAAUUGCAAGACCCAUACCAGUUGGCAGAGAAAAUGCUCAUCCCAAACCCAUCGACCAUGGCGCUUGAUGGGGAUGAACAUUUUGGCAGCAAGGACGCCGACGGUGCUCGGGAAUUUUUGGAACUUUGCACCGGGACCGAUCACCCACCGAUGUCGCUCACGGAUGCAUCCACGCAGGAGCUAGUACUAGCUGAGUUGGGCAUUCCAAGGCUACCGUUGAACGACAACUUUCAGGAGAUUGACUUACGAGGCAUUAACAUGCCCUUCUUAUCGAGGCCGUUGUCAGCUAGCACGCCGCUUGUUGAAACAACAGUUCCACGACGGACUGAGCCGCCGGCACUAGCGACACAAGCUGUAGGUCCGAUCGCGGAUCCGUCCGGUAUGUCAGGAGACGGACAGUUGCUAAAUGCACUACCUGAGAGAGCAUGUUCCGUAGAUUUGGCGCCGGUAGCAAUGCCAAAUAACGUCUCGAAUGUCGGACUACCUGCUGCAGAUAUCCCACAUGGAGUUCCAACUCCUCCAGCAGAAGAAAUAAUCCAUCCCCAGCCUACUGUCCAGGCCAGAGGUGUACUCACACGCUCGGGUAGUUCCUCAUCCGGCUCUACGGUCGAAGCGCCGGUUCGAGUGCCACGGGGUCGACGUGUGACAGAUUUUACUCGUCGAUUACCACGGUUGGUGGAUGUUUGGCCACCUCCACGAAGAAAUUUCGAUAUUUUCAGCUAUCAUAAUGAAUCCAACCUGUUUCCGAUGAUCGACAAUGUUCUCAACCAAUUGGCUCAGCUACGACAGCAGUUUCCGACGCCUCUAGUUGAUCAGCUGGUGAUGCGUGCAGCUGAAGUUCCUACUGCAACAGGUGAUACUUCAAUCGCAUACCGAAGUAACGAUCAAGGAUCACGUGACCCACUUACAACGCCAGGCAUCGAGGUAUCCGAUCCGACACAAAGAAAAGCACAGCCCGCUGAGUUGUCACAAGUACUAGACUCACAAGGAUUAGCACUAACAUCGGCUGUUGUUGCAAAUGUAUCGACUUUGAUGAACACGUUGUCAACUAUCGAUGGAAAAAUUUUAGAGGUAUCGGAUCAAUACAGAUUGCCAUCUUUAAUCACGGAUACACCAGUUACAGAUGAACCCAAUGUUGCCAUAGAUGCUCCAAUAAGGAUCGGAGCGCAUGUUGUACAAGGGGCUGCCACGGAAUUGAUGACACCGCAGGAGCCAACUAUUGGGUUUGAUUCAGGUGUUGGAAUCCCUACUGAAGUGGUUAAUCCUGACACGAUUCAAGACAGCUCAGCGAGCCCCCCACACAUAGAUUCGAUGUUUCUUGACAUUUUCAUUAUUGUUCAAUGCGAAAUGUGCCUGCACAAGACGGAUGAAGAUUUCGUUCCGAUACAGCGAUUGAUUCAAUUACUUCGAAUUACGACACGUAUCCGUAAAGCGAAAUUAAUAAUAAACGUUAUUCUCCUCCAACAAGCACGUUUGCUUGUUGUAUCCAGGGCCGAGGAUAACUCCAUACUAGGAGUUAGAACCAAUUUUCCCACAGAUUUAGUAGAUGGUAGCUUUUGCUGAACAUAUUUAUAUUGCUUAAUUAUUUAUGUUUAUGGAUUUUUAUUAUUUAAAUUACCUUUUUUAAAUUAAUAUAUGUUGUUAACCGUCUGAGCUUACUUACAAUAAUCUUGCAUAACCAAUUUAAUUAAUUAUUUUAUAAUAGUAGAUCAGUUGACGAAUUGAGAAUUCUUAAGCGCUUGAAACGUGACCUAGAAAUUAAAUAGCGAUGAUUUCCUUUUAUGAAAUAAAAAACGAAAUGUGAUUUGCAUCAAAAUUAUGAGAGUAACGUGGAGUAUAGGAAUUUUGGAGUUAAUGAGGGAUUUAACAAUGGAGUUUUCUCAAAAACGAUUAGAAAACUUUCGAAAAGAAUUUUUGUUUUUUUUGUUUAGUUUAGUUUACGCUUAAAUUUGAAUGCUUUAAAUAUAAU